UUAAAAGAUAGAUUUCCCCACCAUCCAAACAUUAUUAUUCCUUCUUUCGAAAAAUAAUGGAGCCUCUCUGCCCGAAUUUUGAUCUCCUGAAAUUCUCACGGCUCACUUCGGUUCCCCUCUUUUCUCAUCGAUUCUCGUCCAUGAAUCUUGGCAUUCAUAAAAGACCGAGUGUCUCAUGUCCCACCGCUUCUUUUAACCGCAACGAUAACCAUCACCCGUCGGUUAAAACAGAGGCCCCUACGCAACAAUCCACCGCUCAUGACCUGAUCAAGUCGCUAACAAAAGGUUUUGUCGGUUUCGCCGCCGCCGCCACGGCUCUGGCCUCCGUUUGUAGUGAUUCUCCGGCUUUUGCUGAGUCCCUCACCGUUGCUUUUCCUGUUUCCCGCGCUCAAGAGGUGAACACAGUUCAAAGAACUCUUGUGGAAGCUUGGGGGUUGAUAAGAGAAACAUUCGUUGACCCUACAUUUAAUCAUCAAGACUGGGAUUUGAAGUUGCAGCAAACCAUGGUGGAAAUGUUUCCCUUGAAGUCAGCUGAUGCCGCAUACGGUAAAAUCAGAGGAAUGCUUUCAACUCUUGGAGAUCCCUUCACUAGGAUUAUCAGUCCAAAGGAGUACCAAAGUUUUAGAAUUGGGAGCGAUGGGAAUUUGCAAGGAGUUGGCUUAUUCAUAAGUGUUGAACCAAAAACUGGUCACUUGGUUGUUUUGUCAUGUGUAGAGGGUAGCCCCGCUGCUCGUGCUGGUAUACAUGAUGGAGAUGAGUUGAUUGAGAUUAAUGGGCAGAGACUUGAUGGUGUUGACAGUGAAUCAGCAGCCCAGAGGCUUAGAGGCCAAGCCGGAACAUCGGUUACAGUGAAGCUCCACAGAGGAAAUGGUUCAGGAAGUGGUUCAGGAAGUGGUUCUGGUAUCAAAGAGGUCAAACUACCUCGUGAGUUGAUUAGGCUUUCACCAAUAUCCAGUACUGUCAUCCCUCAUAGAACCCCAGAUGGCCAACUAACAAAAACUGGUUACGUGAAGCUAUUGACAUUCUCGCAGACUGCUGCUACAGAUAUGAAGAAUACAAUUCAUGAAAUGGAGAACCAGGGUGUACAAUCGUACAUACUGGAUUUGAGGAACAACCCGGGAGGUCUAGUGAAAGUUGGACUGGAUGUUGCUCAGAUAUGGUUAGAUGGGAAUGAGACUCUCGUGAACACUAUUGACCGUGAUGGGCAUAUGUCCCCCAUUAACAUGGCCAAUGGUCAUGCUUUAACGCAUGAUCCUCUUGUUGUUCUUGUGAAUGAGGGAAGUGCGAGUGCAAGUGAGAUUUUGGCAGGUGCACUGCAUGAUAAUGGCCGAGCUAUCCUUGUGGGCCACAAGACUUUUGGUAAAGGGAAAAUUCAGAGUAUCACAGAGCUGCACGACGGAUCUGCUCUUUUCGUAACAGUUGCAAAGUAUCUAUCACCUGCUCUUCAUGACAUAGAUCAAGUUGGCAUAACGCCUGAUGUACAAUGCACAACUGACAUGUUCAAUCCACCCAAGGAAACAUUGAAAGAGAAAAGCCCGGCUUUGUCUCUGGAAGCUGAUUCAUGCAUCAUGGUAGCAGAGCAUGAGUUGGACACCCAAAAGCCUAAAGGUACAGCUUCUUGAAACGCCCGAGUUUGCAGGGUUGAAUUUUCCGAUCCUAGGAACCAGAUAAACUGUAUGCUUUACUCAACUCUUAGCUAGUACAGUCAAUCUUAAGUUGUAUAUCAGUAGGAAUUGGACCAAACAUUGUACCACUUUUGCCUCCUGCGUAAGGCAGUCCCGUAUGCUGGGGGAAAGUAACAAACAAUUGCAGAUGAUUUGUAUAAACAAUUCAUUCUAUUUAUAGGGAAAAGAUGAAAGAAGUUGUAUUGCAUUUUCUAAA